UUCAUUUUUCCUAUAUUGUUGGGUCUUUAACUGUAAUCGCAGCUAACCAAAAAGUACCUUUUUCCUUCAUUCAUCUUCAGACUUCCAACUAUCAGUCUUUCACAACAAGGCAGGAACGACCAUCAGAAGCAGGAGAAACCUAUUUAUCUCUUUCGCUACAUUUUUCGUUCUGAGUGAUUUCCCAAAUGAGAGACUUUCAAAGAUUUUCAUCUUGUAUUCUGAGUGUCAUGGUGUUUACAUUUCUCAUUGGUACAACAAGUUUAUUCGUUAGUGGUGAAGGAGGAGGACUCUCAGGAGAUUAUUCAAAACUAUCAGGGAUAAUAAUACCAGGUUACGCUUCAACACAGCUUGGAGCUUGGUCUAUUCUUGAUUGCCCUUACUCUCCUCUCGAUUUUAACCCUCUUGAUGCUGUCUGGCUUGACUCCACAAAAAUUCUUUCUGCGGUAAAUUGUUGGUUGAAGUGUAUGUUGUUAGACCCUUACAAUCAAACUGAUCACCCUGAAUGCAAAUCAAGACCUGAUAGUGGUCUUUCUGCGAUUACGGAGCUUGAGCCUGGAUACAUUACAGGUCCUCUUUCUUCAGUGUGGAAAGAAUGGGUUAGAUGGUGCAUUGAGUUUGGAAUUGAGGCAAAUGCAAUCAUUGCUGUUCCAUAUGAUUGGAGGUUGUCAGCAUCAAUGCUGGAAGAGAGAGAUCUUUACUUUCACAAGCUAAAGUUUGUUCACAACUGCCACUUUAUGUUUUAUGUGAUUACUUUUGAAACAGCACUCAAACUUCGCGGGGGACCCUCCAUAGUUUUUGCCCAUUCCCUGGGAAACAAUGUGUUCCGCUACUUUUUAGAAUGGUUAAAGCUCGAAAUUGCACCAAAACAGUACCUUCAAUGGUUUGAUGACCACAUACAUGCCUAUUUUGCCGUUGGAGCCCCUCUUCUUGGUUCGUGUGAGGCAGUCAAAGCGACUCUCUCUGGAGAAACAUUUGGCCUUCCAGUUAGCGAGGUCCUGAUAAUGUUUAUUGGAAGAAUUUUUUUGAGGGAAAAGGAAAGGGUAACCAUAAGUACCAUUGUGAUGACAUGGAAUUUCAUCUAAACUACUCUGGAUGGCCAACAAAUAUUGUGAAUAUUGAAAUUCCUACCAAAAGAGGUGGUAAAACGUAUCCGUCAAUUACAGAAGAAACUCUGUCCAACCUUUCUAGCAUGGAGUGUGGGCUCCCUACUCAGUUAUCCUUUUCUGCUCGAGAAGUGUCGGAUGGAACUCUUUUCAAAGCAAUGGAGGAUUACGAUCCAGACAGCAAAAGGCUCAUCUAUCAACUAGAGAAGUAUGUACAUCCAACUUAAGUGAUUCAAUGAACGGAGUAUGCAUUGAAAUGCUAGCUUGCUAAUGUUGAGGUUCGAUUAUUUAUCUUGCAUGUGAGCUAUGGUACAA